AUGCCGUCAACUUCAAAGAGGCUGGCGGUCGAGGUGGACAAUACCAUGAUCAGAGAUACCCAAGAAGAAGAAGGUGAUCCAGAAGAAAACAACAGUCGGUUUGGGAUGGAGAUGACGCAACCGGACCCCUUUGCUGCUCCAUUCUCCACCCCACCUUGUCGAGGCGGGAUCUUCUUUUCUCCCCCGAGGAGCUUGGACACGCUUACCGCCAAGCAAACCCAAUCUGAAGACCUGACUCACACCAUUCAUUGUGUUUGA